GAAGCUCUACAAGAUGUCACACUCAUCAUCCUGGAGGUUGCAGCAAUCAUCUCUCUGGGCCUGUCCUUCUAUCGACCUCCUGGUAGCGGACAUGAGCAGUGUGGGCAGUCCAAAAUUGAUGUGACAUAUGAAGGGGAGGCAGAGACUGGCUGGAUCGAAGGGGCAGCUAUCCUAUUUUCGGUCAUCGUUGUGGUGCUGGUGACGGCCUUCAAUGAUUGGAGCAAGGAGAAGCAGUUCCAGGGCCUACAGAGCCGUAUUGAGCAGGAACAGAAGUUCACUGUUAUCCGCAAAGGCCAGAUCAUCCAAUUGCCUGUGUUUGAGAUUGUGGUAGGAGAUAUCGCCCAGGUCAAAUAUGGUGACCUUUUGCCUGCAGAUGGGAUCCUGAUCCAAGGGAAUGAUCUGAAAAUUGAUGAGAGUGCCUUAACUGGAGAGUCUGACCAUGUCAGGAAGACUGUAGAGGAAGACCCCAUGCUACUUUCAGGGACCCAUGUGAUGGAAGGAUCUGGCCGGAUGCUAGUGACUGCGGUGGGUGUGCAUUCCCAAACUGGAAUCAUUUUCACCCUUUUAGGGGCAUCAGAAAGUGAUGAGGGGAAGAAGGAAAAAGCCGGUGAAAAACAAGGAGCCCCUGAAAAUCACAACAAGGCUAAGAACGAAGAUGGUGUGCCUCUAGAAA